UUAAAAUUUAUUAAUGAUAAGUUAAAAGUUAUGAAUAUUAAUAGAUUCAGCCAUGUAACUGGAGAAUUAGUUUUUGGAGGUCAUGUCCUGUAGCUUCAUUAAUAUGUUCACCGAUGGCUCAUGCUUAUUAAGGGAUAGCCUUGGUGGGCACUUGCUACUUUUGAAUUGUUGUCUAGGUCUUGGUCUAUUCUUAAUCACACCAAAAGAAGGAAGGCCUUCUCCUCUCUCGUUAAUUUGGUGAAUAGAUUCGAUAUACGGAUCGAAGCUGGUUGCGAACUUUUUAGAAAGCUUAACUCUUAAUGGAUAUGAAGGAGAACAGUCACUUGAACCAAUAUGGUGAACCUGAACAUCUUCAGAAUCAACAAUAGAUCAGUCACAUUCUUCUUCCAACUCUUUCAUCAAGAUUGAUUUAUCUUUAUCGCUCAUUUAGUGUUUUUAUUUAAUUUGUAUAACUUCGGGUGUUAUUUUA